CUGGCACAGAGAUCAAGCAAUAUCGCGUGAAUCAUGAGUGACUAUUAUUAUUUUGAUGUGAAACUAAAGCUCCGCAACCCCGAGGCUAUUAUUUUCACACCCAUCUUCUUUCGUAGCUGUGUUCUAAACGCUCUAGAGAGUUUCUUCGGCGAUCUGGGAGGAAAGACCAACAUGGACAUUGUUAAAUUUUGUGACAAGCAGCAGCGCAUUGUUUUCCGUGUUCCCGAAGAGUUCUUUGAGCGGACCCGAACCGCACUGUCGUUGAUAGGCCACUACCAGGAAGUACCUUGCCACUUUCAAGUGAUAGGCACCUCUAAGACAGCUCUAGACUUCGACAAGGAUAUUUCCGCAAAAGCAGCUCGGAGAUGUUGAAAGUAAGCCGACGUCCUGUACUCCAGCUCCUGAUCAACGAUCUGACAGACACUUCCAAUUAAAAUGAAUAGUUUCCACAGUUUCGGCAUGUUAAAUCGGUUACAUUAAA